AUGGGAGAGUCUUCUUCUUCUUCUUCUGCUUCUUACAUUCAUAUGGCGCAGCACCUGAUUGAGAAGUGCUUGAUCUUUCACAUGACAAAGGAAGAAUACAUGGAAGCUCUCUCUAAGCAUGCAAAUAUCAAACCUGUCAUAAUUACAUCAGCUGUGUGGAAUGAGCUGGAGAAAGAAAACAAGGAAUUUUUUGAGGCUUAUGCUCAAUCCAAGAGUAAAGAGGACCGAAUGUCCGAAGAAGAGACAAACCAAAUGAUACAGAAGAUGAUCUCUGAUUCCUCUAAAGGUUCAUGCAACGAUUGAUCGAU